UUUUAUUUUCCGCUUACGCACAGAGAGAGAGAGAGAGGAAAGGUUCGGUGAAAAAUCCUACGCACAGCGUUACGGAGUCAUCAAUAGUUCCGCUAGAGACUUGAUCCUCGCUUUUCUCUUGAUUCACAAUAGGAUGUGAUUUCGGGCGGGAUUGCGCGGAGAUUGGACUCUUGAGCCAGAUUGUUGUUUUUGCCACCGAGAAAGCUGUUCUGGAUUACAAGCACAAAAAUCAGAAGCGGGGACUUCGAAGAAGAAAAAAUGUAAACAAAGACACUGCCCAACUCAAGAGUACCCUUAGACCAUCACUUUGAUCGCUCCAGCAAUCAAGACAAUGGCUGAAAAUGACACAACAUUUAACACAACAUUUGCAGAGCUUCCAAAAUUGAACAUUACCAUAGAUUUCAACUUGACGACAGAAGAUGGCAACAUCACUAAACGUGAUGUUCCAUUUUAUCUCAACUUUCGCGACGAGCCAUGGGUCAUCCCCGUCGUGGCCUUAUCUAUGUUCAACAUUGCUGCCAUCAUCAUUUUCGAAAUAUUUGUUUUGUAUAAAUCAUGUGGUGGAAGAAGACAUUUGCUUAUGGGACAGAUCUUGCUUCUAGGACUAUUGCUUUGUUCCCUUCUUGGUCUAACGUAUGUGCCACAACCGCAUUGGCUGUUCUGUGGAAUUGCUAGGGCUGGAGUUGGAAUUGCCUAUGCAAUCGUCUACGGUACUCUUCUGGUUAAGUGUAUUUUUCUCCUAAAACUGCAUCACGGAGUUUAUUUUAAUGCGUCAUUCCAAGGCCUGCUUUUGUUCUUUGUCGUUGCUGUUGAGGUUGUCGUGAUCACACAAUGGCUAAUAUACGAGCCACCAAACACCACCUUGGCAUCCGUUUCUGGUCAUACUUCUCCAGUAUGUGAGAAAACCCCCGUUGAAAAGAUCCAGUAUCUUGUGUACGACAUGUUUCUGCUGUUUCUGGUCAUCGUCGCAUCCAUUCGUGCCCGGACACUGAGAGAAAACAAUAAAGAAGCAGUCUACAUCGGAGUGGCGAUCGGUUUUUCUCUCAUUCUGUGGGUGGCUUGGACUUCAUUGUGUCUCAUUUUCGAUAGAAGGUACGAGGCGCCUGCCGAAGCUCUUGGACUCUCAUGCACUGCACUGAUUGUUUUCCUCCUGGUUUUCAUUCCGAAAGCAGUCCAGUUAUGCAGGCCUCGUCAGGAAUUGUCCUCCAGCAGUCACUCCGUCAUCCACACUCCGUCCUUCCUGCACCUACAGCCCCAGGCCAUUCUGCCUGGAAGCGGACAAGGAACUCUCAUAAAGCAGACGAAUGCCAACCCCGAUUACUGUCGUAAUUACCCGUCAAGAUUCUGGCGCUACGAUUACCCGAGCUUCCAACAGAUGGAGCCACCAGCGAUUGUGUCUUCUGAUAUGAACUCGCUGAAAAAAUCAACCGGAUCUUUUAACCAUUCCCAUCUGUAUUAAGGGCCUAAUUUUAUGAGGAGAUCACGGGAGCUGAGCUCCUGCACUUCUUUUGGAUUUCAUGUGGAUUUUAACCAUUUUUGACGAAUUUCAGACUAUUUUCGUGUGAAAAUAGGUUUUGAGAACCAUAGGGCUCCUGCAUUUUUUUUUUUUUUUUUUUGGUUAGAGACUGAGAGCCCUAGUAUUAACAAUACAUACAGUCUGAGUAAAAACUUUAGGUCCAGUGCAUUUUUUUGAGAAAUUGGACACACCUUAAUCUUAGGAUUAAAAAGUCAUAUGAGUGGGAAUUAUUAACCUUAAAUACAAAUAAAAAAGACAAAAAAAAUUAAUUGUAAGUGUUUCAUUAUCAGAAAAUAUUACAGAUCAAUAUUUAAACCUGAGUAAAAUCUUUAAGGCCAACAUAGAAAAAAGCAUAUUGGGACAAAAUUUCAAAUAUUUAUAAGCUUGUGUGGGAGCAUUCCUUCAAAUUACUUCAAAUAUUCUUGUUUUCAUGAAUGGAACUAGUUUUUGACAAAAUUCGGGAUUGUAUUUUUUACCAUUCAUCUUCGAUGGUAGAUUUCAGCUCUAUUGAUAAAGUAAAAUGUCUCUCCUUUGCAUAAACUCUUCUUGCUAAGUCACCCAAUAAGUUCUCUAUUGGGUUGAGAUCUGGAGACUUAGUUGGUCAUUUCAAAGUUUCAUUUUUGUUUACUUGGAGCCUAUUUUUUGCACUAUUACUCGGAUGGAUAGAUGCAUUGUUUUGCUGAUAUUUUCAAUUUUCUCCAGCAAUAAAUUCAGCAUUUGGUAAAAGAUGACUUGGGAGGACAUUUUGAUAUGCUUGUAAGUUCAUUUUACCUGAAACAAACGCAACUGAGCACACACCAUUGUAAGCAAAGCACUCUCAAGUUCUGACAGAGCCUCCAUCUAAUUGGCGCUUGUAGAAUAUUUCUUUUUCUUUUCGUAAAUCAUGCCAAUAGUACCUCCGUCCGUUUGGUCCAUCCAAACUCCACUUCUUUUUGUUAGAAAAAAUUAUUUGUAUUCAUUGGUUACCCCAGGUCAUGAUUUCCAGCUAAAGUUGAAACGCUCUAUUUUGUGCAUUUUCAAUAAUUUGAGGUUUAAGCAAUUUUGCAGCAUUAAUAAAAUUUCCACACCUUCUAAUUGUGUUACAUAUCGUUUUUGACAAACAUUUAAACCUAUCGUCUUAAUAAAUUUCCUGGUUGAGUACUUUUCAGGUAAUGUAACAAUUUAAAAACUUCUUCCAUGACGCGAGGACAAAGCUUUAAGUUUUCCCGGGUUUUUUUUAACCCUAAUUGUGUUUAAAUCAAACAAAAAUGUUGACUUCAGUCUUCGAUCUUCCUAUUUUUUCGCAAUAGUACGUCUACUUAUCCUUGUUGAAGAAGAAGCUUCAAUCUGCCCUCUUUCUUCAACAGUUAAUUUCUUACCUUACAAUAUCGUCACAAGUAGGACAAAAACUUUGAAGAAAUUAAUCACAAAACUGCAAAUUGAAGGGUUUUCACAAUCUUGUUAACUGAGGUGACAUUUAUUACAGUAUAUGUACUUGCAGUUUUUUAAAAAUAAUAGUGGCCUUAAAGUUUUUACUCAAACUGAAAUGCUAACUUUGAAUAAAUCACAGCUUUUCUGGUUAUUGAAUGCUUUACAAAUCCUAUUUGUUGUGUUAUUUCUUACCAAUGAACGUUAAUAAUUAAUAAUACAAUAAUAUUAAAAUCCCUUUAGCUUUAUUUUCUUUUUUUCAAAGAAAAUUAUACUGGCCUUAAAGUUUUUACUCAGGCUGUAUAUGUUGGGUGAUACUUUUAAAACGAACGUUUGAAUGUAACGCUCUAAAGUAAUGGAUUCACUGAGUUCCGUCUUAUAUUUACGUAUUUUACUGGUGUGUGUAACAGUUCAGUUUAAGCGGAUUUAAUCAUAUGCUGCAUUUGUUUGAUUACUGAAUUGUAAGUGCAAGUCUUAAUUCGAGCUUGUAAAAUCUAACCAAACUUAUCUAAUGAUAGUUGGCUGAAGCGCAUUUCAAAGCGAUUUGUUUUCAAUUGCUGAAAAUACAUGGAAUGUAGAUUAUUUUUGUUAAGUUGAAAUUAAAACAAUGGUUAUGGAUUUAGAACGGGCAGUUGCCAGAUUGGCUUCUUUAACUAAUUUACCUACGAUGGACCAACCAAGUUCUCGCAUUUGAACCUACAACAUGUUAACUAAGUUUUUCCAGAUGAGUCAAUCAUGACCCAACUCGUUUUCCUGCAUUAACCUGAGGUUGGGAUUUUGUUGCCUAAUUGUCGUCCAAACUACCUGUGUUUCCAUUUUUAUUGUUUCAUAUCCUAACUGAAAAAGAUGAUGGUCCACUGUUAAGUUACCGCAUAAGUUGAGGUUGGUGUUUUAUUAGUGAGUCGUUUGCCAAACUUUGUAAAGUUUUCAGUUUUCAUCGUUAUAUAUUUGUCCUAACGUGAACUCUAUUCUGGGCUAAUAAUGUUGCUGCUGUCAACUGUUGUCAACCACAUUUAUUAAGUGGGGCUGGUAUUUUGUUGUUUAAUUGUUGGCUACCUGUUCGUACUAAUAUUCGGCCCUUUGUAGCCAACCACAUAAGCCGCGGUAAGGUUUUGCUGGCGAGUUGACCAAACUUUUUUUUACUUUCAUUUUAUCGUUAUUUAUCCCAACGUGAAAACGAUGCUGAGCCAAUGUUGCUGAUGCCAACUAUUGACAACCACAUAGUGUGGCAAACAUUAAUUAUUUGCCAACUCUUCUAACCGUUCCCCAACGUUGGGCCACCCUGCUGUCCUACUAGGGAUCUAACUGGAACCAUCCCUUAGGAUCAAAUGCAUUUCAUUCUAAACAUCAUUCUCAUCCUUUACUAAAAUAUUUUUUCCAUUACAAGAUUCAUCAAGAAGUAAUUUUGAAAACGGAGGAUUCAAGUAAAAAUCAUGCUAUUAUAGCAUUGAAUAUGUAUAACGAAUUUACAAUCAUUUUUAUAUUUCAUUUGUAGAACUAUUUUAGCAAUAAAAAUGAAAUA